CUCUCAAAAAAAAAAACCCUUGCAUCUCUCUCUGACUCUUCGUCUAUCUUUCGGUUUCAGCUUACUCUCUCCAUAAUCAGCUUAAAACAAGGCUGAAAUUGGGGCGAUCUAGGAAAAGAGAAGCAAAAGGAAGAACCCUAAGAUUGAUCUUAUAAGUAUAUAAAAGUAAGAAAGGAAAUUAUAAAUAAAGAGAGAUGGGAAGAGGAAAAAUUGCGAUCCGUCGGAUAGACAAUUCAACAAGCAGGCAAGUGACUUUCUCAAAGAGAAGGAAUGGAUUGUUGAAGAAGGCGAGGGAGUUAUCCAUCCUUUGUGAUGCUGAAGUCGGUUUGAUUAUCUUUUCCAGCACCGGCAAGCUUUAUGAUUAUGCCAGCUCUAGCAUGAAACGUGUUAUCGAACGCUACAACAAGCUAAAAGAAGAACAUCAUCAACUAUUGAAUCCUGCUUCAGAAGUCAAGUUUUGGCAAAAGGAGGCAGCAAGCUUGAGGCAGCAACUCCAACACUUGCAGGAAUGCCACAGGCAAUUGAUGGGAGAAGAACUAUCAGGUUUAAGUGUCAGAGAUCUCCAGAACCUGGAAAACCAACUUGAAAUGAGUUUGAAAGGUGUCCGCAUCAAGAAGGACCAAAUUCUAACAGACAAAAUCAAAGAGCUAAACCACAAGGGGCACCUCAUACAUCAGGAGAAUCUAGAACUGUAUAAAAAGAUAGACAUCAUCCACCAAGAAAAUACUGAGCUUCAAAAGAAGGUUUAUGGAACACGAGAAGCAAUUGAAUCUAGCAGAAGCUCCUACUCAAAUUGUACUUUCAAUGAUGGAUAUGAUUUGCAUGCACCUGUUCAUCUCCAGUUAAGCCAUCCCCAACCUCCUAAGACUGAUACACUGGCAAAAUCAAUGAAGUUGGGGUAAUUUAUCCACUCAAUACUGUUUUAAGAACUACAGCCUAGAGAAAUCAAGUAAGAAAGCAAAUUAUUUCAAUAUUGAUCCUAAAAAUAACUCUCAAAUUUGCAACAGAUUACAACUGCAUUAGCAAACUUGUCUGACAACUGUGGAUGAACAUCACCAACACCAUAUCAACAACUUGCUCAUGGUUAAAGCCUAAAGCUACUACCAGUGAGCUUUCAUAUUCCAGCUACUAGAUAAAGUAUGUUCAGCAUAAAGAAAAGGAUUUCAUAUGAAACAUUUAAUGAAACAAACUUUACAAUUUCAGUAAAAUGAACAGAGAAACAAGUUAUCUGAUGUAAAUUUACACAAUAAUUAGACUGCACUGUUUGUCUGAUGUUACUCAGCUGCCUUGUGAACUUAUUGUGUUCUUAUUGUGUUCAACUGCAAUUGUACUACUUGUGUGUUAUCCAAUAAAAAAAAUUCUUAGAUUUGUUUUACUUUCUUCUGAUGGCUCCCCAUCCUUGAUGAAAAGAAAAAACUUAAAACAGAAAAAAAGUAGGGGGGGGGGGACAAGGGGAAUCAAAUGAACUGAUAAUUUAAUAUGCAUAAUUAAUAGGGCACUAAUAGGAUAACAAGCAAUUUGAUUUCACAAUGAGAAAUGACUUGCUUGAUUCAUAAUACUAAAAAGAUGAUUUAGUAACUGAUCUAGGCAGGCCAAAAAUUUUCUAAGCACAAUACCUUUCAGGUAUAGUCACCAUUUCAGCAGGGAACUCCUUAUCACUCGGUACCUGUGCUUUUAUCAAUUCUCUGAGUAUAUAACUAAAUUUCAUCUUCAUCAAUAAUUGUAAUGACUAUAUCGGAGAAAAUCAACUACUUGAAAUCAAAUAAUUCAUACUGAUAAAUGUCAUGACAAAAGAUGAUAUAAUUACAUAGAAUGUAAAAAAGAUUGUAGUCAACUGCAGGCAUUCAUGCCUACAUCAAAUGCAGAUAUGAUAGCAGAAUAUAAUCAGAACUGCUUCAUAGAAUUCGGCUGCAGGAGAAAAACUAUGUGGAACCUGUAAGAUGGAAGAAAGUUUUAACGAAAAAGCUAGCCAUAUUCUAUUUCUAGCACUAUAAUAUCCUCACAGUCAUACAAUCUUAAAGAAAUGCGGAUUUUCAAGAAAUUUGAAACUCACUUCAUACGCAAAAUUAGCAUAAUUAAUUCCCAGAAGCCAGGUAAAGAAAAGUUAUCGUGCUUGGUGCAGAGAGAGCCUUUGGUAGCUGCACACAGAAAAGACAGAAGUCUCAAACACUCGGAAAAUUUCAAUUUACUCCUGAAUUUGGUACCCAGGCUAUGAAAUAUCUAGUUUUUCCAGGUGUGCUUUUAAAAGACAUUAUGAAAACUUUUGAUUCAGUGAAUUGGAGAUUUCUAAUGGGGGUGUUGCAUGCUAUGAAGUUCCCUGAGAAGUUUGCGCCAUGGAUUCAAUGCUGCAUCACUGGUCCUAUGUUUUCGGUUGAUAUAAAUGGAGGUUUAGAAGGGUAUUAUUCUUGCAAGAGAUGUCUCAGGCAAGGAGAUCCUUUCUCACCUUAUCUCUUUGUGAUUGUCAUGGAAAUGUUGUCACAAACGCUUAAUAAGGAAGCUAUUUAAGGGCCCCUUCCAUGCCACCCAAAAUGUGAUAAGAUCCACCUCACCCACCUAUGCUUUGCUGAUGAUCUUAUGGUGUUCACUGAGGCGAGCUUGCAAGCUGUUCAAGCUUUGAAGAAUGUUCUGAAUCAAUUCUAUAAG